CUCUCCAAAACCUUUCUCUAUUCCUCUUCGCUCUCGACCGCGAUCGAUCGGGGCUUCGCUCUCGUCCCAAAUCUCGAUCAAGAGGGGUGUUUUUCCGGAGUUAAUAUCAGGCAAAGAAUCAUAUAAAGAUGGCAAAUCUAACUUUGACUGGCAUCCUGGAGAAGAUGACUGGCAAGGAUAAAGAUUAUAGAUAUAUGGCAACAUCAGAUCUUCUUGGCGAGUUAAGCAAGGAUAUGUUUAAGGUUGAUGCUGAUCUGGAGUCAAAGUUAACAAAUAUUAUCCUCAAGCAACUUGAAGAUGCAGCUGGGGAUGUUUCUGGGCUGGCUGUGAAAUGUCUAGCGCCUCUCAUUAGGAAGGUCAGUGAGGAUAGAGUUUUGGAAAUGACCAGCAAGCUCUGUGACAAAUUAUUAAAUGGAAAGGAUCAACACCGUGAUAUCACCAGUAUAGCUUUGAAGACAAUUGUUUCAGAAAUUACUGCAACAUCUCUUGCUCAACGUGUUCUAGUAGUUCUUACUCCACAACUGAUAAAGGGCAUUACUGCCUCUGGAAAGAAUACAGAAAUUAAAUGUGAGUGCCUGGACAUAUUAUGUGAUGUUCUGAGCAGAUUUGGCAAUUUGAUGACCAAGGACCAUGAGGAACUACUAGGUGCACUAUUGACUCAGUUGGGUUCCAAUCAAGCCAGCGUUAGGAAGAAAUCCAUUUCUUGCAUUGCAUCUCUUGCAUCAAGUUUGUCGGAUGACCUUUUGGCAAAGGCAACGGUAGAAGUAGUACAACUUCUGAAGAAUAAAAAAGUAAAAGCUGACAUGACAAGAACAAACAUUCAGAUGAUUGGAGCUUUGAGUCGUGCUGUUGGAUACCGUUUUGGACCACAUCUCAGUGAAACAGUUCCCUUGCUGAUUAGUUAUUGUAAAAGUGCAUCAGAAACUGAUGAAGAGCUUCGUGAGCACAGUUUGCAGGCAUUGGAGAGUUUUCUAUUGAGGUGCCCCAGGGAUAUAGGCACAUAUUGUGAUGAUAUCUUAAGUGUAACUUUGGAGUAUUUAAGCUAUGACCCUAACUUCACUGAUAACAUGGAGGAGGAUACUGAUAAUGAGGGUCAUGAGGAGGAAGAAGAUGAUGAAAGUGCUAACGAAUACACUGAUGAUGAAGAUAAUAGUUGGAAGGUUCGCAGGGCAGCUGCCAAGUGCUUGGCUGCAAUUAUAGUCUCACGUCCAGAGAUGCUAUCUGAGAUGUAUAAAGAGGCAUGUUCAAAGCUUAUUGACAGAUUCAGGGAAAGAGAAGAAAAUGUAAAGAUGGAUGUAUUCAGCACAUUUAUUGAAUUGCUGCACCAGACUGGAAAUGUGACCAAGGACCGGAUUGAUAUUAAUGAGGCAAGUCCUAGAUGGUUGUUACUGCAAGAAGUGCCAAAAAUUGUCAAAUCCUUGAAUAGGCAGCUGCGAGAAAAAUCUGUUAGGACAAAGGCUGGAGCUUUUUCUGUUUUGAAAGAACUUGUGGUUGUGUUACCAGAUUGCCUUGCUGAACAUUUUGGCUCACUUGUUCCUGGAAUUGAAAAGGCUUUAAAUGACAAAUCAUCCACCUCAAAUUUGAAGAUUGAGGCUCUUGUUUUUACCAGAUUAGUUAUGGCUUCACAUUCUCCAACAGUCUUCCACCCUUAUAUUCCGGAACUCUUAAGUCCUGUCUUAUCAGCUGUUGGUGAGCGAUAUUAUAAGGUCACUGCUGAAGCAUUAAGGGUCUGUGGGGAGUUAGUGCGUGUUGUUCGCCCAAGUUUUCAGCCAUUUGCUUUGGAUUUCAAGCCUUAUGUUCAUCCUAUCUACAAUGCUAUCUUGGCACGUUUGGCAAAUCAGGAUCAAGAUCAGGAGGUUAAGGAGUGGGCUAUAUCUUGUAUGGGUCUUGUUAUUUCAACUUUUGGUGAUAACCUUCAACGAGAAUUACCUUUUUGUCUUCCCAUCCUUGUUGACAGGAUGGGGAAUGAGAUUACUCGACUCACAGCUGUGAAGGCUUUUGCAGUUAUAGCCAAUUCACCACUCCGUAUUGAUCUCUCAUGUGUUUUGGAGCAAGUCUUCUCGGAUUUGACAGCAUUCCUGCGGAAAGCUAACAGGGCAUUGAGACAGACUACAUUGGGGACCUUGAACUCCUUAGUUGUUGCAUAUGGUGAUCAAAUCGGUUCUUCUGCUUAUGAAGUUAUAAUUGUGGAACUUUCAAGUCUUAUAAGUGACUCAGACCUGCAUAUGACUGCCCUUGCUCUUGAACUUUGUUGCACAUUGAUGACUGACAAAAAGUCAAAUCAAAAUGUUGGUCAGACUGUCAGUUCGAAAGUUCUUCCUCAAGCACUGAUAUUAAUCAGGAGCCCUUUGUUACAGGGUCAAGCUCUGCAAGCUUUGCAGAGGUUCUUCGCUGCUCUGGUUCAUUCAGCUAACACGAGCUUUGAUGGACUAUUAGAUUCACUGAUUUCAAGUGCUAAACCAUCACCACAAGCCGGUGGUCUUGCUAAGCAGGCUUUAUAUUCUUUAGCACAAUGUGUUGCUGUGCUCUGCCUAGCAGCCGGUGACCAUAAGUGUGCCUCUACAGUUGAAAUGCUUAAAGGAACUCUUACAGAUGACAGCAGUUCAAAUUCUUGGAAACAACACUUGGCCUUGCUAUGCCUGGGAGAAAUUGGACGAAGGAAGGAUCUUAGCAUGCAUGCAAGCAUAGAAAAUAUUGUUAUUGAGUCUUUCCAGUCUCCUUUGGAAGAGAUAAAAUUUGCAGCAUCUUAUGCCCUAGGAAAUAUAGCUGUGGGAAAUUUGUCUAGGUACCUUCCAUUCAUUUUGGAUCAAAUUGAUAAUCAACAGAAGAAGCAGUACCUUUUACUUAAUUCCCUGAAAGAGGUUAUAGCUAGGCAAUCUACUGAUAAAGCUGGUCAGAGUGAGCUUCAGGACUCAAAUGUUGAUAAGAUAUUGGCAUUGCUCUUUAAUCAUUGUGAAAGCGAAGAAGAAGGUGUUCGCAAUGUUGUUGCAGAAUGUUUGGGAAAAAUUGCACUCAUUGAACCCAGGAAGCUGAUUCCUGCACUUAAAGUGCGGACAACCAGUCCCACUGCUUUUACACGAGCCACUGUGGUCAUUGCAGUGAAAUACUCUAUGGUUGAACGUCCAGAAAAAAUUGAUGAGAUCAUAUACCCUGAAAUUUCCUCUUUUCUGAUGCUGAUUAAGGAUAAUGACAGGCAUGUUAGACGUGCUGCUGUUUUGGCUCUGAGUACGGCUGCUCAUAACAAGCCAAAUCUUAUCAAGCGGCUCCUUCCUGAACUGCUUCCACUUCUCUAUGACCAAACUGUUGUAAAGCAAGAAUUAAUUAGAACUGUGGACCUUGGCCCUUUCAAACACAUUGUUGAUGAUGGACUUGAACUUAGAAAAGCCGCUUUUGAAUGUGUGGAUACAUUGCUAGAGAGCUGUCUGGAUCAAAUGAACCCAUCAUCUUUUAUUGUUCCAUAUCUUAUAUCAGGAUUGGCUGAUCAUUAUGAUGUGAAGAUGCCUUGCCAUUUAAUUUUAUCAAAAUUAGCAGACAAGUGUCCUGCUGCUGUUCUUGCAGUUCUAGACUCCCUGGUUGAACCUUUAGAGAAGACAAUCAGUCAUAAGCCAAAACUUGAUGCUGUCAAGCAAGAAGUUGAUCGCAAUGAAGAUAUGAUCCGCAGUGCUCUUCGAGUCAUUGCUUCCCUGAGCCGAAUCAGCGGUACUGACUGUAACUUCAGGUUCAAGAUCCUGAUGAACAACAUUAUGAACAACGCGCCGCUGGCCGAGAAGUAUAACUCUGUGAAAAGUGAGUGAUUGUGGAAGAGAAGUGCGCGCCGGCUCUGAAAUCUCUGCUAUUAUUAAAUGAAAAUUGCUUGGAUAGCUUUCGGAUUUCCGCCAUGGUUUCUGUUCUUCAGAAAUCACACUCAGGUCAAUUUCCUUUGGAUUUCUUCUCACUGCCAUGAACUUCCACCUUCCAUGAAGAAAAAAACAAAAAAACAAAAAAAAAGGUAAUUUGUUAAUUUACGCGGCAGAAUCAAAGCCAUUUUUGUAGCUUUUUCAAGAAGAAAAAAAAAAAAUGGGAACUGAUCCUUUUACUGAAAAGUAUAUCUAGUGAUGUAAAAACAGGAUGCUUGCAGACAAGGAAAUAUUGUUAUAAACUUAUAAUAAUUGCUGUUAAUUUGGAAAUAUAUUGUGUU